AUGAAAAAUGAUUAUCUAGAGAAAGACCCAAUUCAAAAUAAGGCAACUUGGUAGUUGAUGAAUUAUAAAAAACUGCAGAUUUUCAAAGACCUAAAGUCUAAACCUGUCUUUUACUUUUAUGUUCCUUUUGUGUUCCAUCUGGCGUCCAAGUGGCUAACCCCCAUAAUUCUCCUAUUGACGUGGCUGUGUAUUUUAAGCCUCUUUCCCUCCAAGAAAGGAGAAGUUGUCGGAGUUCUCCUAACAAAGAUCUCUCGGAAACAUUCGGACAUUUUACAUCAUGGGAAAGAAGCUUGAUGCACUGCUGGGAAGAAGCUUCAAGACCACAAGGUUCAAAGCUCUUGUUAAUUUGGCCAUAUCUCGGCUCGCUGUUCUUGCAAACCAGCGCCAGGUUAGAGCCUCACAUGCUCGUUCUGAUGUAGUUCAGUUGCUGCAGCUUGGCCACCAUGAGAGAGCCCUCUUUCGGGUGGAGCAAGUGAUUAAGGACCAGAAACUGCUGGAUGCGUAUGCGAUAAUAGAGAGUUACUGUGAGGUUGUACUGGAAAGAAUUAAGCUACUUGAACAUGAGAGAGAAUGUCCAGAAGAAAUUAAGGAGGCAAUUUCAGGUUUGAUUUUUGCAUCUUCUAGAUGUGGGGAUUUCCCAGAGCUUAUAGAGAUUCGUUCAGUUAUUACAAGUCGUUUUGGGAAGGAGUUUACUGCUCGUGCUAUUGAGUUACGCAACAAUUGUGCUGUUGGUCCAAUGAUAGUUCAGAAGCUGUCAGCUAGGCCAUCGAGCUUGGAGAUCAAAUUGAAGUUACUUAAACAAAUUGCUUCUGAACAUGGCAUUACUUUGAAAGAUUUGGAGGCUUAUGAAGUUUCAACUGAGGAGAGAGUUGUGGCAGAAGAGAAGAAGGAACAACCACAGCAGGAAACCAAAGUGGAAAGUGUUUUUCAGAUUUUACCUGAAGAGAUAGAGAAAGACGAUCGGUAUGCUGAUUCAAUGAGAGGAAGAAAGAAGUACAAAGACGUGGCAGAUGCUGCUCAGGCAGCGUUCGAGUCGGCUGCUUAUGCAGCAGCUGCAGCAAGAGCUGCUGUGGAACUCUCUCAAUCUAAAUCACUCGAUCAUGAUGACCUGAGUAGUCCGAGUUCAAAACCAAGAAAAUCCACUGAAACUCUUGAAUCCAAGAACGCUGACAUGGAAUUGAAAUCAGAAAACAAGGAAACUCACGGUGGAAGUACAUCUAUAGAAGCGGAAGAGAGUGAAAGUGGAAUAGAAUCGAAGCAGCCAAUAUCUUCUUCUAGUUCGGAAGCAGGGGAUGCUAGUUUAAAGGAAAAUGAGAUUCCAAUUGAAGCAAUAAAUAUAAUUGAUUUGCUGGAGAAGGAUUUGGCUUUUGACGAGAGUGACGUUGAUGCUGGGAAUGGAGAAAGCAGCAGUUCAACUCUUGAGGAGAGGAAUUCGUGCUUUGAGUGUCACAAGAUCGAAUCAGAGUCUGCAGAGAUCACAGCAAACAAUGACGAAUCUGAUAACAAAAACACUGCACAAAACUUAAGCAUAGGGAAUGAAGCUGUUAUAACGACAAUAGAUGUCCGUGGGCACUGAGGAGCUUGAAUAUAUUGCAUCCUGAUUGACUCUGUUUAAAGAUAAUAAAUUUUGUAAUUAGGAUUCAUUUAUUUUAAGAACCUUAAGCUUGAUAUAGUGUGCAAAUAUUCAAAUUAGUUUUCCUGAACAUCUACUUUUUUGUCCGUUGAAAUGGUAUAGAAAUAGUUGGGAGUUUAUCAACUUUGCCCCCUCCCUAAAGGCAUAUAAAAUUCUCUUCACGUAGGGAUUCAUCUAGUCAUCUUAACUCUCGAGUAUAUAGUUACGAUCUUAGUAACUUAUUGUCUAUUCAAUUCUGGUUUAUAAUCUCAGUUUCCUCUUCGUCUAUCUCAGGCAUGGAACACUGAUUUCCUUAUUUUCCUCUGAAAUGAAUCUUUAUUGGGCA